GGGGCAGCCGCCUCUAGGCUUUAUUUUCCGAAUUCGAUCAUAUUGAUCGAAGUUCGGCUGUUCUUGUUCGCAUAUCUGGCCGCGGAGCAGUGGUCUGCUUUUGGCUAAGGUAGAGCGAUCACGAGUUUUUCUCUCUAGGGCUUUGACUAUGUCGGCCACUGGAGCCUUUUUCCGAUUUCGACUUUAUCGAAGAUCGGCUUUGUUAUCCCUUGGUCGCUGGUGCUCGACUGGAGUCCAGGUCAGACGCGGAGGGCGGAGAUCGGUGGAGGAGGGCAGAUUUGUUGUCAUGACUCGAGGAGAUCGGCGGUGUGGUCAAGGUUCGAGGAUGCGGCGUUGCUGUCGUCGUUGGAGAAGAUCGGCGCCGCUUGUCCGCUUACUCUGGUCGCACGGAGCAGGGAUGAGUUUGGUUAUGCAGGGACGGAGGAUUGAUGCAUGGUCUUCGGCAGCCAAAGGUCAUGGAGGAUCAAUUAGCAUGGUACCAGUGGUACGACCUCCUCCUGAACCACCACCAUGGGAUGCACGAAGUGCUAGAGUUCGUGAACGUUUUUCUUGUAGUUUUUAUCUGUUUGUUAUUUAUUUUCUUGCGUCCAUUUUUGUUGUUGGGUUUGACAGUUUGUUUGAGUUUUUUGCCUCUCUUUAUGUCAUUGGGUAUGGUUGGAUCUAUGGGAAUAGUUUUGGCUGUGUCAAGC